UGUUUCUACCAUCUGACGCAAUCAACAUGGAGGUAUCUUCAAGGGGAAGGACUGCAGGCCACCUACAGGGAGGACCCAGACAUUCGUCAGUUCUGUGGAAUGUUGGACGGACUGGCCUUCCUUCCAGAGGAUCAGGUGAAGGAAGGAAUGGCGUACCUGAAGAGCCAGACUACAGAAGUCCUGGAGCCAGUAGUCGACUACUUCGAUCGGAACUACGUCAACGGCCCUUUCAGAUCUGUCAGAUCGCAGACCGGUGGCCUCAUCUUCCGACGCAUUCAACCAAGGUUCGAGCCAGCCACUUGGAACGUCAACACAGCCACUUUGAACGACGAGGCCAGGACCAACAACGUGUGUGAAGCCUGGAACAAUGGGUUCCGGUGUCUCGUCGGCCACGUCAAUCCCUCGCUUUGGACUGUCAUCUCCUGCUUCGAGAAGGACGCUGCAAUGGUGGAAGCAGAGAUCCUCCGUGUCCAGAGAGGCCAGCCAUCAAAGAAGCCAGCGAGGAAGGGAACAGUACGAUACCAGAAGACGUUGAAGACCCUGUGCCAGCAGUUAUCCAAUGGACAGAAGACGGUCGAAGAGUUUCUGCAGGCCAUUGGGGGUCACAUCCGACUGCGUUAGGACUGAACAUCUGUAAUGUACCUGUAAUAUGAUAUGAUGAAUGUGCUAAAAUGAAUGUGCUAUUUUGAUCUUGAUUAGUGAAUUACUUAUCAUACCAUUCAGAGA